UUUGCUGUCAGAUUGAGAUCUUAACUUAUCGUUUGAGACAAAUUAUAUCCUAUUCAGACGUUCUUCGCGAAUGCAAAUGUUCAAUUUUAGACUUGCGUUUUUUGUAAAUGCGAAGUUUAGACUGACUAUUGCUAUCCAAUUUAUAAUGAGUACAUUGAUGGUGUGCUGCACCCUUUAUCAAAUGAGUAAAUCAUCAACGAAAAUUAAAUCUGUUGAAAUGACAUUAAAUGUACUUUCUAUGUUAACUCAAAUUUUCUUCUAUUGUUGGUAUGGGAACGAAUUAAAGAUAAAGAGUUACCAAAUGAUUGAUGACAUUUUUGAAAUGGAGUGGCUAACAUUGGACAUAAAUAUAAAGAAAUCUUUAAUGAUAAUAAUGAGGCGAACAAUUGUGCCUAUUCAGAUUACCUGUGCUUAUGUUAUGCCUAUGAACCUUAGUUCUUUUAUGAGUAUACUUAAGACGUCUUAUUCCAUGUACAACUUACUGCAAAAGAUGUAGGUGUGAUUCUCUGAAAGAUCUGUGGAAUUGCUCUACUGAGAUAUCAUAAUAUCAAAUCUGAAAACAGGCAAAAAAGAAGAAGAAAUAUAAUAUUAUUUGCAAUUAGU